CACUUUCCCUCUGUUUCUAUAAAAUCAUCCAAUUUUCCCACUCCUUAGUUACACUAUUAAUUACACCUUAUAAUGAACACGUUUUAUAUCAAAGAAUUUUAACACGAUUACCAUGAUUGAGUGGCCAGUUUUGAGGUGAAGAGCGAGUUUUUUUGCAAGGGAAACUGCCAUGAAGAGUGUUUGCUUUAACGUAUUCAAUUUUUACUUGUUAUUUUUGUUCAUAGUAGUUUCUCUUAGAUCAACUUCAGCUUUAUCUGCAAGUGGGUCUAGAAGAGAUAGUACUACUGCGAAGUUUAUUCUAGGGGAAGCGAAUUUAGGUCCCUGGAAGAAUAAGAUCACACAAGAGGCUCUAGCACCAGCUCCUGAAACGGAUGCUCCUUCAGGUACCCUUGUGCUGGCUGCAAACAGGACGGAUAGGCCGGACAUUCUACGACGAUUUCAUCGCUACCGAGGCGGCUGGGACAUUGCAAAUCGCCAUUAUUGGGCUUCAGUUGGUUUCACCGGUGCAGCUGGUUUCAUACUUGCUGCUCUGUGGUUUAUUUCAUUUGGCCUCGCACUCUUGAUUCAUGUAUGCUGUGGAUGGGGCAUUAACAUCAAGGAUGAAGGAUCACACCGUUCGCAACGAAUUUGUCUUAUUUUGAUCUUGUUAUUCACCUGCGCCGCUGCGGUUGGCUGUAUCCUUCUAAGUGUAGGGCAGGACAAGUUCCACGACGAGGCCUUGGAUACGCUCCAUUACGUCGUGAAUCAAUCAGACUAUAGGGUGCAGACUCUGAGGAACGUGACGGAGUAUCUGAAGCUCGCGAAAUCAAUCAAAGUAGCACAGAUAUUUCUCCCAUCUGAUAUCAUGGCAGAUAUUGAUAAUUUGAACGUUGAUCUCAAUGCUGCAGCAAAUACACUGUCGGAGAAGACACACGAUAACUCUGUUAAAAUACGUAAAGUGUUUAAUGAUGUGCGUCUAGCUUUGAUUCUGAUGGCAACAGUGAUGCUUCUUCUCGCUCUAGUUGGACUGGCUCGGCACGUGAGCCAAUGAGCUCGGCACCCGUAUCAAUCACCCGAAAUACUCGGCACGCAAACAACUAAAGCUGGCGUCACAUCAAACAAACUCGGAACAGGAGCAGAUAAGCUCGACCUCACCCAUUCGAAUAAAAAGACACGUGCAUCACAAAGCUCGGUC